CUCCAUUCAAUUCGUGACCCUCGCUGUCGCAGACCAUAAUGCUGGGGCAGCUCCGAGGGAGGAUCUGAACUUUGUGUCUCCCUUCAUAUUCCUCUCUCUGGUUCUCUCUCCCGUAACUAAGAGUUACGAGAUACACUAUGGAGAACCAAACGCCUCGAAGAGCUUCUGCAUCCGCAACGCAGAUUUACCUGCUAGCAUACAAUGCCAUCUGCCUCGGCCUGUGGUCCGUCAUAACCCUCCGAGCCGUUUUCCUCAUUCCCACGCUGUUCGCUCUCGGAAAGCCUCAGGGUCUUCUCGACGCUCUCUUCCCCUUUCUCAAAUGGACCCAGACCAUAGCCCUCCUCGAAAUCCUCCAUGCCGCCGUCGGCCUCGUCCGGGCCAGCCCCAUUACAACCGCAAUGCAGGUCGCGUCGCGGAUAUUACUGGUCUGGGUUGUUCUAGACAUGUUUCCAGAGAUCGUCUCGACGACAAACAGCUUUGGGAAGUCGGUACCGGGGUCGACAUCUGGGCCGAUAGCUUUUGCGGGGAUCUUGAUGGCUUGGGGAACCACAGAAGUCAUUCGAUAUGGGUUCUUUGUGUGGAAGGCAGCCAUAAGUGAAAGAGUUCCUGCUGGCCUCACGUGGCUCCGAUACAAUACCUUUUUUGUCCUGUACCCCAUUGGCAUCUCCAGCGAGUGUCUGCUCAUGUACCUGGCUUUGACGCCGGCAGCGAAACAAGGACAGCGGCUCGAUUUGCUGUUGAAGACUGUCCUACUCAUCUACGUGCCAGGGAGCUAUAUUCUCUACACUCAUAUGAUGGCUCAGCGGCGCAAAGUCAUGAAGGGCAAAGGAAAAUCUGCUUGAGACACGCAUUAGCUGCAGGGAAUGCUUGAUUGAUGGCACACGGGGCUUGAGAGGCUCAUGCAUCUGGGAAUACAGCCUUUAGACAAUCUUCAGGCCGGGAAUCAACCAAUGACUGAUGCAAAGACAUGUUCAGACCAAACCAGUGCUUCAAUGCCUUAGGCGGAAGGCGUUGUUCCAAGUCAGUUGCGAGAUAAGGAGUGCAAGGAUUCAAUGCGCAAAGGACACCGCCACCUCAUGGACUCGGAUGAGAAUGCCGUUCCUGCAGAUCGGCUUCGACCUCGAAACCAAUGUCCCUCGCGUCUCGGAUGGUCAGACAGAGUUAUAUGACAAGGAAUGGAUAGGAGAUCAAGUUAAUAGCCCCAGAGUCAGAGCCUAUGGCGGCGUCCAUGUGUUAUUGUUCUCCGACUUCGCAUGCUCUCAGAGCUUACGUGGCACUCACCAGAGUGUGUCGCUUCUAUAGCCACUUACCAUCCGCUCUCAACACGCUCGCCUCCUCCG